AUGCGUUUGUCGUCUUUCUUUACUUUUCGAUUGACAUCCCUUGUUAUUUCUGCGUUGAGUCUUCCCCCUUCUGCGAGCGCUCAGGAUCGUACUACCGAGCAGGGAGAGGCUCAAAUUUCAGAUCCUACCGUAGAAUGCUCGCCAUAUCAGUAUCCACCGGUCGACAAUGCCCAGAGCAACUUUCCAUCGAGUUGGACAGUAGCUACCAUUUUACCCGGUGACUCUGCCGCUCAAGCGAAGUACCAGAGUAUCGAGAGUCUGAUUCUAAACAUCCCCCCGAAGGGAAAGCAGCCGGGUGCUUUAACAGGCAAUUUCGCAGGCGUCAACUAUGAUUCGAGUGACCCUGACUGUUGGUGGACGUACUCGAUGUGUACUAGUCCCAACGUUUCGGGUAUUCCAAACGAUAUAGCAGAACUUCCAGAGCCGAACAUUCUUGGUUACGGCUUUGACGACGGUCCAAAUUGCUCCCAUAACGCUUUCUACGACUAUUUACUGUCAAAAGACCAGAAGGCCACUGUGUUUUAUAUCGGCAGCAACGUCCAGCAAUUCCCUCUUGAAGCCCAGCGUGCGUUAACAGAUGGACAUGAGAUUUGCGCUCAUACUUGGUCUCACCACUACAUGACCUCUCUCACCAAUGAACAAGCAUUUGCAGAGCUUUGGUAUACCAUGCAAAUGAUCAAACUAGUCGUUGGCGUGACCCCCACCUGCUGGAGGCCUCCCUACGGUGAUAUCGACGACCGCAUCCGAACAAUUGCUGAUGCGCUUGACUUAACGACUAUCAUGUGGCAAUACGACUCAGACGAUUGGCGUGGAAUUGGCAGUGAAACCGAGGUUGAUAACAACUACAUGAAUCUUAUCACUGCCGCACAAAAUGGUACCUUCAGCAUGUCUGGCACAAUCAUGCUUACUCACGAAUUGACCAAUUUCACCAUGUCCGAGGCCGUCAAAUUCUACGACCAGUUGGCUUCUGCGUUUUCUUACCUUGUCCCGGUCGGCGUCGCCCUCAAUGUCACUACUCCUUACGUCGAGGAUGGAUACACGCUCCCCACCUUUGCAGAGUUUUCUGGGAGCGGCAGCGGCGACAGCAGCGAUCCAUCCACUAGCGGGUCUUCCGACGGUUCUGUGACUAAUGGGACUAGUGGCAGUACCAGUGCUACAUCCGGGAAUUCAACAAACACGAGUAAUAGCGGGGCUGCCAAAGUCUCGUUUGGUCACGUUGGCUCGUUCGCAAGUGCUGUUGUUCUCAUUGCGGGAGUCCAGUUUAUGUUGUGA